UUGCAAAGGCUAUCCACCCACUCCACAAUCCACACUCGAGGCUGCGGCAACAAAAUAGAGCAAACAACAACAACAUAAGACUAACAAAUGUGUAGGUGAUAGCAGACAGAAGACACAAGACAAUAGAAGACGUGACAGCCAACAAAGCGAUACAAAGAAGAACAAGCAGAAGGUGAAGUGUUUACAAGAUGUGGCGUCGUGCUGGUGCUGGUUUGGCGGUGCUGAGUGGCCGGGGCGCGGGUAGUGAGGUGUGUGCCAGGGUGCCAGGGGCCGCCACAUGGAUCAGGGCCACACCUGCUGCCCUGCCGCUGUGCCCAGGGGUCCACAGUAGCCCCACGGCAGGUGUGAUGCUGCGGGGGUGUGGAGGUCUUGCCCACACCUCUGCCAUGCCUGACAGGCUCCUCCACACCACCUCCUGCUCCACCACUGACUCUGACGCCUCUGUGGCCGUGGUGGAGGCAGAGGUGGAGGAUGAGUUGGACCGCCUGUAUAGCCAAGUGGAGGUGGAAUGCCGGGGACACGAACCAGCUGUCCUGCGUUCCUACCAGAAGUUUGUCAGCACUGCCGCAGCCCACCUGGAUGUGCCUCUGGAGAAGAUUGAGUGGCCCAAGAAACACAUUCAGCGGUGGACUCUUCUUAAGUCCAUCCACAUCCACAAGAAGCACCGCGUUCAGUACGAGGCGCGCACUCACUUCCUGGUCAUGAGAUUUGUCCGCCUCACGUCCUCCACCGCUGACACCUUCCUUGAGUACAUCCAGCGUAAUCUUCCUGAGGGUGUUGCCAUGAAGGUCACUAAGCACGAGAUUCAGAAGCUGCCGGAACAUGUGAAGCCUUCUGUGGAGGUUGUGGCGUGAGUGGGAGAUGAGGCAGCGUGGUCUGGUGGUGUACAGAGGUGUUGCAGUGGUGUGUGUACUGUGUGUGUAAAUAUAAAGUGUGUAUUCCUGAA